CACACCCCACCUCCCCACACUGCAUAUACCUCUGGCCUGGCUCUGCCCUCCGCAGAACCCAAGAGAGAUGGCGCUGCAGUUUGAAGCCUUUUCUGCAGAGGGUCUUGUCCCGGGCUGGAGCCUGCUGGUCCAAGGACAGUCUGACUCUGGAGAGGAUAAGUUUGAGAUCAACUUCUUGUCCGAGGCGGGGGACAUCGCCUUUCACAUCAAGCCCCAGUUCUCCAGAGCCACCCUGGUGGGCAAUGCCUUCCAGGGUGGCCGCUGGGGCCGGGAGGAGGUGUCCAGUGCCUUCCCGCUGGUGCUGCGGGAGCCCUUUGAGCUGGAGGUCAGCUCGGACUUGGAGCACUUCCACGUCCACGCCCAGGAGCAGCAGGUGCUACCCUUCAGGCACCGCCACUCGCUGCUGGCCACCAUCACCCGGGUGCAGGUGCUGAGUGACCACUGCCUGGCCCGGGUAGAGCUGGCCCAGAGAGGCCUGAGCUGGGCGUAGGCACCAUGUCCCACUCCUACCAGCUCUGCUGUGCAUCCUUAUCCCAGGACCCCAAGAGCCCAGAGAGCUGUCUGCUGGGUCUUCUGGGAGAGGGGACCACUAAAGACCCCCUCCAAGUCUAUACCACGGGUGGUACAGGAGCUGAGCUGCAUGUGUUGGAUAUCGCCAGGAUGAGGGCUCCUGAGCUGUGCCCAAAGUCCCAGGAAUGAACCAUGGGACUGGUUCACCAUGGGGCACCAGCGGAGCCCCAUUCUGGGGAAGCUGGGGGAGGGAUCUGUUAUUCUGGAACCCCCACUCCAGUGUCACCCUCAAUAAAG